AUGCCCCGCCGGCGCAGGCCUCGCGCGUCACUUCCGGGCGCCGCCGGAAGCCGGAAGCGCCCGCCGCCCGGCUGGCCGCGGGAGCCUGUGCCUCGGCGGCGGCGCGAUGCCCGGCGCGCGGCUCCUGGUGCUCUACGGCAGCCAGACGGGCACGGCCCAGGAUGUGGCGGAGCGGCUGGGCCGCGAGGCCCGGCGCCGGCGCCUCGGCUGCCGCGUGCAGGCCCUGGACUCGUACCCGGUGGUGAGGGCCCCCCGGGGCGCGCGGAGAGGCGGGGCGCGCCCGACCCUCCGCGCGCGCGCGAGGCCUUACCCGUGUGUCUCUUCGUUGAGGUGAAUCUGAUUCACGAGCCCCUGGUGAUAUUUGUUUGUGCCACCGCAGGCCAGGGAGACCCCCCCGACAACAUGAAGAACUUUUGGAAGUUCAUAUUCCGGAAGAAUCUGCCGCUCACUUCCCUGUGCCAGCUGGACUUUGCGGUGCUGGGCCUUGGUGACUCCUCGUAUGCCAGGUUCAACUUCGUGGCUAAGAAGCUGCACCGCCGGCUGCUGCAGCUUGGGGGCAGUGCCCUCCUGCCCGUGUGCCUGGGAGACGACCAGCACGAUCUGGGGCCAGAUGCUGCCGUGGACCCGUGGCUGCAGGAGCUGUGGGACAAGGUGCUGGAGCUGUACCCGCCACCCCUCGGCCUCCACGUCAUCCCCCCUGGGACCCCCCUGCCCUCCACUUUCACCCUGCGCUUCCUCCAGGAAGCCCUCACACCUCUGUCGGAGGAGCAGCCUGCAGUCCUAGCAGUCCCCUUGAGUCCCCCUUCCGAGAACCAGCCCUUCCUGGCACCCAUGGUCACCAACCAGAGGGUCACUGGCCCCACGCACUUCCAGGACGUCCGGCUGAUUGAGUUCGACAUCACAGACUCUGGACUCAGCUUUGCUGCUGGGGACGUGGUGCUGGUCUGGCCUGAGAACACGGCUGAGCACGUGGAGCGCUGCUGCCGGGCACUGGGCCUGCACCCUGACCAGCGCUUCACACUGCAGCCCCAGGAGCCAGGCGUCUCCUGCCCUGCACGGCUGCCCCAGCCCUGCUCUGUGCACCAUCUGCUGUCCCGGUACCUGGAUAUUGCCAGCGUGCCCCGCCGCUCUUUCUUCGAGCUCCUGGCCUGUCUCUCGCCCCACGAGCUGGAGCGAGAGAAACUGCUGGAGUUCAGCUCUGCCCAAGGCCAGGAGGAGCUGUACGAGUAUUGCAACCGGCCACGCAGGACCAUCGUGGAGGUUCUCUGUGACUUCCCGCAUACCGCCGGUGCCAUCCCCCCAGACUACCUAUUGGAUCUCAUCCCCGCCCUGCGGCCGCGGGCCUUCUCCAUCGCCUCUUCUCUACACGCACACCCGAACAGGCUGCAGAUCCUCGUGGCCGUGGUGCAGUACCAGACCCGCCUCAAGGAGCCACGCCGGGGCCUCUGCUCUUCCUGGCUGGCGUCUCUGGAUCCUGCCCAAGGAGCUGUCCGUGUGCCCCUGUGGGUGCGGCCCGGGAGCCUGACCUUCCCAGACAGCCCAGGCACGCCUGUGAUCAUGGUGGGGCCAGGCACAGGGGUAGCCCCGUUCCGGGCGGCCAUCCAGGAGCGCGUGGCACGGGGUCAGAAGGGAAACUUCCUGUUCUUCGGCUCCCGCCGGCGGGACCAGGACUUCUACUGGGAGGCUGAGUGGAGGGCCCUGGAGGAGAGGGGCUGCCUGACCUUGGUCACGGCCUUCUCCCGGGAGCAGGAGCAGAAGGUGUACGUGCAGCACCGGCUGCAGGAGUCGGGCCCGCUGGUGUGGGAGCUGCUGGACCGCCAGGGUGCCUACUUCUUCCUUGCGGGGAACGCCAAGCUCAUGCCCGCAGCCGUGUCAGAGGCCCUGGCGUCCAUCUUCCAGGAGCAGGGCGGGCUCUCGGGCUCUGAGGCAGCCGCCUACCUCGCCAGGCUGCAGCGUGAUCUGCGCUUCCAGACAGAGACGUGGGCCUGAGGACAGUCCCACAGUGCUGGACUCUGCCACCACCAGGGCCAGGGCCAGGCCACCUCCCAGACACCAGCCAGUCACAGGGCGGUGCCCCCACCCCAGGCAGAAGGCCCCCAGGCCCUGCACUCCAUCCUGUGGCACCCCGGACUGGGCCAGCUGCUCAGUGUUCCCUCGCCCGCUGUGUACAAUAAAUCUGGGGUGCCCGUGUC